UCCUUUCCCUUUUUCAGCUGGCGGCCGAAGCGGCACGAUGAAAAAGGAGGGUGGUCCUGCCACUCCCGGGCGGCCGCGGGCGGUGUUCCUGGGCUGCCCCGCCCCUCUCUUCCGAGGGCUGGAGCUGGGAGGCCCAAGAUGAUUCACACAACGCCUUCUCCCUGCCAUCCGCCUGAGACCUGAGUCACACGGUUGCUGGGCAAGGAGGCAGCCUUUGUUUCUGGGGAGAUGCUGCCAAAGGACCCUAGAUGCCUCUCUAGAGCAUGAGCUCAGGCAAAAGUGCCUGGUACAACCGCUUCUCUGGUGGACCUUCCAAUCUUCCUACCCCAGACAUCACCACCGGGUUCUCUUUCCAGACCAGAAUGGAAACGACCUUUGGGCCCGCCUUUUCGGCUGUCACCACGAUCACCAAAGCCGACGGGACCAGCACAUACAAGCAGCACCGCAGGACACCCUCCUCUUCCAGCACCCUUGCCUACUCCCCUCGGGACGAGGAGGACAGCAUGCCCCCCAUCAGCACCCCACGCCGCUCUGACUCGGCCAUCUCCGUCCGCUCCCUGCACUCCGAGUCCAGCAUGUCCCUGCGCUCCACGUUCUCGCUGCCCGAGGAGGAGGAGGAGCCGGAGCCACUGGUGUUUGCGGAGCAGCUCUCGGUGAAGCUGUGCUGCCAGCUCUGCUGCAGUGUGUUCAAGGACCCUGUGAUCACCACGUGUGGGCAUACAUUCUGUCGAAGAUGCGCCUUAAAGUCAGAGAAGUGCCCCGUGGACAACGCCAAGCUGACAGUGGUGGUGAACAACAUCGCCGUGGCCGAGCAGAUCGGGGAGCUGUCCAUCCACUGCAGGCACGGCUGUCGGGCAGCAGGGGUUGGGAAGCCCACUGUCUUUGAGGUGGACCCCCGAGGGUGCCCCUUCACCAUUAAGCUCAGUGCCCGGAAGGACCACGAGAGCAGCUGCGACUAUAGGCCUGUGCGGUGCCCCAACAACCCGAACUGCCCACCCCUUCUCAAGAUGAACCUGGAGGCUCAUCUCAAGGAGUGCGAGCACAUCAAAUGUCCCCACUCCAAGUACGGGUGCACAUUCAUUGGGAACCAGGACACGUAUGAGACGCACCUGGAGACCUGCCGCUUUGAGGGCCUGAAGGAGUUUCUGCAGCAGACAGACGACCGCUUCCAUGAGAUGCAUGUGGCAUUGGCCCAGAAGGACCAGGAGAUUGCCUUUCUACGCUCCAUGCUAGGCAAGCUCUCAGAGAAGAUUGACCAGCUGGAGAAGAGCCUGGAGCUCAAGUUUGAUGUCCUGGAUGAAAACCAGAGCAAGCUGAGCGAGGACCUAAUGGAGUUCCGCAGGGAUGCAUCCAUGUUGAACGAUGAACUGUCCCAUAUCAAUGCACGGCUGAACAUGGGCAUUCUAGGAUCCUAUGACCCACAGCAGAUCUUCAAGUGCAAAGGAACCUUUGUGGGCCACCAGGGCCCCGUCUGGUGUCUCUGUGUCUACUCCAUGGGGGACCUGCUCUUCAGUGGCUCCUCUGACAAGACCAUUAAGGUGUGGGACACAUGUACCACCUACAAGUGCCAGAAGACGCUGGAGGGCCAUGAUGGCAUUGUGCUGGCUCUGUGCAUCCAGGGGUGCAAGCUCUACAGCGGCUCAGCAGACUGCACCAUCAUUGUGUGGGAUAUCCAGAACCUGCAGAAAGUGAACACAAUCCGGGCCCACGACAACCCCGUGUGCACGCUGGUCUCCUCGCACAACAUGCUCUUCAGCGGCUCUCUGAAGGCCAUCAAGGUCUGGGACAUUGUAGGCACUGAACUGAAGCUAAAGAAGGAGCUAACGGGCCUCAACCACUGGGUGCGGGCCCUUGUGGCUGCCCAGAGCUACCUGUACAGUGGCUCCUACCAGACAAUCAAGAUCUGGGACAUCCGGACCCUCGACUGCAUCCAUGUCCUGCAGACGUCUGGUGGCAGUGUAUACUCUAUCGCCGUGACAAAUCACCACAUUGUUUGUGGCACCUACGAGAACCUCAUCCACGUGUGGGACAUUGAGUCCAAGGAGCAGGUGCGAACCCUGACAGGCCACGUCGGCACUGUGUAUGCCUUGGCGGUCAUCUCGACACCGGACCAGACCAAAGUCUUCAGCGCAUCCUAUGAUCGGUCUCUCAGGGUCUGGAGCAUGGACAACAUGAUAUGCACGCAGACCCUGCUGCGGCACCAGGGCAGCGUAACUGCGCUGGCUGUGUCCCGGGGCCGGCUCUUCUCGGGGGCUGUGGACAGCACUGUGAAGGUUUGGACUUGCUGACAGUACAGGCGAGCUCUUGGCUUCUUCUGGGCCCACCCUAGGCCUAUCCAUACCAGGCUGGCCACAUGGGUGGUGUCAGGGUCUCUGCCUGCCCAUUUGGGGGUA